GUGGGAGCCCCGGGAGCGCAGCGGGACGCGGAGGCACCGGCACCCACCGGCACCGGCGGGAGGCAGCUCCCCGCCGCUGCGCAGGACACUGAAAACCCAUAAAAGUUUGACUAAAAAAUAUAAAAAUGCCCAGAAAGAGUAUAGACUAUGGAGUUCUGCCAGAGUAUGAGAAAAGCCAGAUCAAAAGGACCUUGGAGUUGGGAACUGUUAUGACAGUAUUCAGUCUUAAGAAGAGUAGUCCAGAAAGGAGGACUAUUCAGGUCAUAAUGGAAACAAGGCAGGUGGCAUGGAGCAAGACAGCUGACAAGAUUGAAGGUUUCUUGGAUCUGAUGGAAAUAAAAGAAAUUCGCCCAGGAAAGAAUUCAAAGGACUUUGAGCGUUGCAAAGCAAAGCAAAGAGAAGAACACUGCUUCACGAUUUUUUAUGGUACCCAGUUUGUCCUCAACACCUUAAGUUUAGCAGCUGACUCUAAAGAUGAUGCUGAUAAAUGGUUGUGUGGCUUGAAUAUCUUAUAUCAAGAGGUCGUGAGUGCUCCCACACCUGCGAUCACAGAGAGUUGGCUGAGAAAGCAGAUCUAUUCUGUUGAUCAAACUAGAAGGAACAGUAUCAGUCUUCGAGAGCUGAAAACUGUCCUUCCCCAAGUAAACUUCAAAGUGAGCAGCAUGAAGUUCUUGAAGGAUAAAUUUGCGGAAAUAGGUGCUCACAAGGAAGAGCUUAGUUUUGAACAGCUUCAUUUGUUCUACAAGAAAAUCAUGUUUGAACAACAGAAAACGAUUCUUGAUGAAUUCAAAAAGGAUUCCUCUGUGUUCAUUCUUGGAAAUACUGACCGUCCAGAUGCUUCAGCAGUUCAUCUCCAUGACUUCCAGAGAUUCCUGCUACGUGAGCAGCAGGAAUCUUGGGCACAUGAUCUCAGUAAGGUCCGAGAACGAAUGACAAAGUUUAUUGACGACACUAUGAGAGAAACUGCUGAACCCUUUCUUUUUGUUGAUGAGUUCCUUACUUACCUUUUUGCAAAAGAAAAUAGUAUUUGGGAUGAGAAAUACGAUUCAAUAGAUGUUCAGGACAUGAAUAAUCCUUUGUCUCACUACUGGAUUUCUUCCUCUCAUAACACAUAUCUGACAGGAGACCAGCUUCGAAGUGAAUCCUCCACAGAAGCUUACAUCAGGUGCCUUAGAAUGGGCUGUCGAUGUAUUGAGUUGGAUUGCUGGGAUGGUCCCGAUGGGAAGCCUAUCAUUUACCAUGGAUGGACACGGACAACAAAGAUCAAAUUUGAUGAUGUGGUACAGGCAAUCAAAGAUCAUGCCUUUGUUGCAUCUGAAUACCCACUUAUUCUGUCAAUUGAAGAGCACUGUAGUGUGGAGCAGCAGCGACACAUGGCCAAAGUGUUCAAGGAGGUAUUUGGGGAUCAGCUUUUAAUGAAGCCUGUUGAAGCCAGUGCAGAUCAGCUACCAUCACCAACCCAGCUGAAAGAAAAAAUCAUCAUCAAGCACAAAAAACUGGGGCCAAAGGGAGAUAUUGAUGUGAACUUGGAAGACAAGAAAGAAGAAAAAAAGCAACAGGGAGAACUUUACAUGUGGGACACAAUAGAACAGAAAUGGACUCGUCACUACUGUGCUAUUGCUGAUGAAAAGCUUUCAUUCAGUGAUGAUAUAGAACAGAAUGCUGAUGAAGAUGUAACAAAGGAGGUGAAACGUACUGAACUGCACUUAAAAGAGAAAUGGUUCCAUGGGAAAAUGAAAGAGGGGAGAACAACUGCUGAGAAACUGCUCCAGGAAUAUUGUGCUGAAAUGGGUGGCAAGGAUGGGACAUUUCUAGUUAGGGAAAGUGAAGCUUUCCCUAAUGAUUGCACCUUGUCGUUCUGGAGGUCAGGCAGAGUCCAGCACUGCCGGAUCCGUUCUUCGAGUGAUGGGGACACUGUGAAGUACUACCUGACAGACAACCUCACUUUUGAUAGCAUCUAUGAUCUCAUUCAACACUACAAGGAAGCCCACUUACGAUGUGCUGAAUUUGAGCUGCGCCUCACUGAUGCUGUGCCUAAUCCCAGCCCUCAUGAGACUAAAGAUUGGUACUAUAGCAACUUGAGUCGGGGAGAGGCAGAAGACAUGCUGAUGCGAAUUCCUCGAGAUGGAGCCUUUCUGAUUAGGAAGAGAGAUGAACCUGAUUCGUUUGCCAUGACUUUCAGAGCGGAGGGGAAGGUGAAGCACUUCCGAAUUCAGCAAGAAGGUCGUCAUUUUGUGCUUGGAACCUCGGCCUAUUUUGAGAGUUUAGUGGAGCUGGUAACGUACUAUGAGAAGCAUCCGCUGUACAGGAAGAUGAAAUUGCGUUACCCAGUGACUGAGGAGCUGCUGGAGCGCUACAGUGUGGAAAAAGAUAUUAACUCCCUCUAUGAUGUCAAGAUGUAUGUGGAACCCAGUGAAAUCACUCCUACAGUGCCUCAGAGAACAGUGAAAGCCUUGUAUGACUACAGAGCCAAAAGAAGUGAUGAACUGAGCUUCUCUCGAGGAGCUUUAAUUCAUAAUGUCACAAAGGAAACAGGAGGCUGGUGGAAGGGGGAUUAUGGAGAAAAAGUCCAACACUAUUUUCCAUCCAAUUAUGUUGAAGACCUGUCAUCUGAAAACUCUGCUGAGCUUGAAAACCAGAUUAUCGAGGACAAUCCAUUAGGCUCUCUGUGUCGCGGCAUACUGGUACUCAAUACUUACAAUGUUGUGAAAAUGCCACAAGGGAAACACAGAAAGCCUUUUGUGUUCAUUCUGGAACCUAAGAAUCCAGAAGAUCCAUGUGUUGAGUUUGCAACUGAUAAAGUAGAAGAACUCUUUGAAUGGUACCAAAGUAUCCGUGAAAUCACUUGGAAAACUACAGAAGAGGAGAACAGGAGGAAAUACUGGGAAAAGAAUCAAUUGAUUGCUAUUGAAUUAUCUGAUCUGGUAAUCUACUGCAAGCCAACAAGCAAAACCAAGGACAAUUUAGAAAAUCCCGAUUUCAAAGAAAUCCGUUCUUUUGUGGAAACCAAGGCAGAGAGCAUUGUUAAGCAAAAGCCAGCUGAGUUGUUGAAAUAUAACCUGAAAGGACUGACACGUGUCUAUCCUAAGGGACAGAGGGUUGACUCAUCCAACUAUGACCCAUUUCGCCUCUGGCUUUGUGGCUCCCAGAUGGUGGCUCUUAACUUCCAAACUCCAGAUAAAUACAUGCAAUUGAACCAUGCCUUGUUUUCACUUAAUGGACGCACUGGCUAUGUUCUGCAGCCAGAAAGCAUGCGAAAUGAAGAAUAUGACCCAAUGCCAAAUGACUCGAAGAGGAAAUUGCAGAUGAUUAUGACAGUGAGGGUUUUAGGUGCUCGUCAUCUCCCUAAACCUGGGAGAAGCAUUGCUUGUCCCUUUGUAGAGGUAGAGAUUUGUGGGGCUGAAUAUGAUAACAACAAAUUCAAGACAACAGUUGUGAACGACAAUGGCCUUAAUCCAGUUUGGGCACCCUGUCCAGAGCAAGUGAAAUUUGAAAUUUAUGAUCCAAAUCUAGCGUUUCUGCGCUUUGUUGUGUAUGAGGAGGAUAUGUUCAGUGAUCCCAAUUUCUUAGCACAUGCCACUUUUCCCAUCAAAGGAAUCAAGUCAGGUUUUAGAUCAGUUCCUCUCAAGAACGGCUAUAGUGAAGAUAUAGAGCUGGCCUCACUUCUGGUUCACUGUGAAAUGCAACAAGUUCUGGAAAGUGAAGAAGAGCUUUACUCCUCGUGUCGGCAACUUCGGAAGCGCCAGGAGGAGCUUAAUAACCAGCUGUUCCUUUAUGACGCCCAUAUGAAUUUAAGGAAUCCUAACAGAGAUGCUAUAUUGAAAGAAUUCAAUGUGAAUGAGCACAAACUACAGAUAUAUCAAGACACAUGCAACCGCAGAUUAAAGGAGAAGAAAGUCAGUAACAGCAAAUUCUACUCUUAAAGCAGUCAUUCUUUGAUGAGUGCUUUAUGGUGCAAUUCAGGAAGAGAUUUUACUUAUCCUGGUCAUCCUACUUAAUGACAGUCUCAUCAGACUGAACGACUGGAAGAAGAAGAAGAGGCGGAAAGAUGGGUUUCCUUAAUAAUUUCUUAUUACAAGAAAAACUGUUUUAGUUCCUAAUAUUCUGUACAAAGUAAACCCUCUGUGCAGACCAGACCUUCUGUGUAUUCAAGAUUUUUAAAAUUUGAGGGCAUGUAGUUGGAUAGACCUCGCUUCUCAUUAUCAAUACCUGAAGUACAAGUAUAAAUCAUCCACUCUAUUUGUAUACGCAGGCUAUAGAUAAGACGUUCAUAACAAUUUGCAUGCAUGGAAUCACACCACUUCAGCAACCUGGCUCCUUAAGAUUAACCGGUAGUCAGUUUUUAAUUUAUUAAAUGCUGUAAAAGCACUUCUGCACCAGCAAUGUUAUGUCACGUAUGUUGCAGUGCCCAAGGCAGCAGAUAGUACUUCUGAUACUGUAUAAAACAUUUUGGGCAGCUGAUAGCUCAUACUGUAUUAAGUCUUGUUAAAAGUUUUCUGUUGUAUUUUUGAGAACUAGAUAAUAUGUAAAUUUUAUUGAAAUGAAAUGUCCUCUAGCUGUAGUUGUGUUUUUCUUGUUGAACUCUCUGUGAAGGUUUAAGAAGGCAAUGAUGUGUGAACCUGUGUGUAUAGCCCCUGUGAACCUGUCUUCACAGCCUCAAGGCACUGGAGGGAAAAGUUUUACGGUAUGCAGUAGGAAAUAUCACCUUGUUUGCGGAAAGGAAAGGUAUUUCAAAUUCUGAAAAGCAUUUACUUUGCAAUAGUAUCAUUUUGCAAAUCCUUUCAGCUGCUAAUGUGCUUAGAAAUGAAUUUUUUAAUGAACUGUCAAUUUUUAACCUUGCAAUCCUACUUAGGCGAUAGUGUCAAAUGAUAGUGUUCUGUAAAUGUAGAUAAUUUUCCCAAAAUGUAUCUAAUCCAAGAAUGAUAGUAUGCACAAAUAUAGAGGUACAUCGUUCUUGCAACUUUAAUCAAAUGAAUAACAUGGAGCUACAGAUGAGAAAACAUGUUAGAUUAGCUAAGUGUGUUUUCCUGAAAAAGCAGAACUAAAUUCCUUCAAUGACACAUUUAACAGCAGUUAUCAUAAUCUGUGUAUGUGUUUGUUCUUUGUGCUAGCAGUAUGUUAUUACUAUCAAAUUCCAGCUUGCUUUGGGUGGAGUUUUGCUAUCUAUAUGUUUGACUUUAACUUUCAAAUGUGUGCAGAGGAGUAAAGUUUUUCUAAGUGACUUCCUGAGGCAUAAAAUGGUGCAUUCACAGUGCUGUAUCUCUGAUCACAGAAAACUUGCAUGGAUUUGGGAUUCAUGGCCUGACGAAGCUGCCUCAGCAAUUUUCAGAUUCUCUUGCUCCCCAUGCUGAAACGACUUAUGUUGUUCCAAGAGGUACUUAAUUGAUGCCAUUGUGCAUUUGCAGAUGAUGGUUUGAGGAACCCCCUAGAGGUUUUAGUUACUCUGUAAAGACAGUCUUGUCUCGAAGAUGAAAGUGCUGUAAUAGUGUAUCCCACAGUGGGGAGGCUUCUGUAAUUUUUCUUUUUAUUAUUAAGAAAAUAAUUACCAAUCACCCAACUGAAAAGAGAGCAAAGUUACAGGCAUUCUUUGCAUUUCUUCCUCCUGCCUGAAAUAUCAUCAGUGCUCCAUUGUGAUUAACCUGUUUGAGGAUUAGAUGGGUGCAGCCCCCCCCCUUAAACAAAUUAAAACCCACAUCGACUGUGGUUUUAGGAGGAGAAGCUGUAACCUAGACUGCUGUAUAAAGCUAGGCUUAUCUGCAGAAUCCAGGUGUAAUAUGGGGAUCUAGUUGCUGUUCCUUGAGGUGGGGAUACCUUUCACAUGUGUGCAUUUUGUAGCGUGUUCCCGGAUGUGGUUAGUUUGCGGUAUGAUCAGUCCCUGUGAUAUUUCGUACAACAUCCUCCACUAUUCUUAUUUAAUGUUGUGAGAACACUGCGCUGUCAGUGUUGAUUAGACACAGUGGCCCAAAGCCUUGUCUGGAAGGUCCUGAGGUUGUUACUACAGGUGGGACAGGAUUUAUAGGCAGCUGAGUCCCAACUAGUUUUGGACUGAUCACAGAAGAUAGGGCAUUACAAGAUGCUAGAGCUCAGGGAGAUCAAACCCUAGAGCUCGAGGCUGUUGCUGUGUGUGGUUUUUCUUUCCUUUUGUGGGGAUUUUUUGUUAAGCUCAGUUCCAGGGCAGACAUAACUGAAUUGUCCAUUUGUCCUGGCUUCUUUUGUUGGUAUGUAUAUUCCUGACACAGGACAACCACUGUGUGAUGAACACAGGAGUUCCUUGUGCUGCUGCUCUGCAAAUACUUAAAAAUUAGCACGUUUUAUAGUCCUUCGAAAAGUCCUGUGCAUGUUCUUCACACGUAUGUGAUGUCAAAAGAGGCAUUCCCUCUGUAUUUAUGGAAAUGCAUUUUAUUUUAUGGUAAGGCUUUCCCCCAGAGUAUGUUACACUGUUUUCAGAAGGAAAAUACUCCAUUGACUAUUUUGUUGACUUGCAAGUGAUGUGUAAUAACCCUUCUCUUGUUUCUUCCACUCUGUGUUUUAACUCCAAAACCUCACCCCUCAAUUCUUUGUCAGGGCAGACUCUGUAGCAACUCCUUCACAGUUGCAACUGUUUUAAUAUGGAAGAAGGUCUGAAUGCAUGUGCUAAUUUUAUAGCCUAGGAGAAAAAACAUUUAUAAAUUUUUUGAAGUUAAUAUCUAUUAAAUUGUUUUAUUCUUAUAGAGAUAGCUUAAAAUCCUUAAAAUAACUUAUUUUAAUAAAUAGUUUUUUAAUACUCUUUGUGGAUGAUUCCAGGUGCUCCUUUGUUUAAGCUUUGCUCAUUGAAUUUCUUGAUUUUUGCCAGUCGUUCAAGGCAGGAUGAGUUCUUACUGAAAAGUGGUCUGUUGGUGUGUUCUCCUGGAGGUUGGAGGAAGGGCAUUUGGGUGUUUUUAAGAUGAACUGACUUAUUGAUUGUUUCCAUAGACAUGGUUGCUGUUGCACUUCAUCUGGCUGCAAACAAGCAGGGCAGAAGGAAAAGGUCGAAGAUCAUGUUUAACUUGCAAGUCCGAACCGACCUUUUUCAGUGAUAGGUAGAUAGAAACUUCAGCCCUGGUGAGCAUCAGAUUUGUAUCAAUUCCAACAGUAAAGUCUGAACAAGGCAAAGAUUAAGUGUGUAGUAAUUUGCAAGAACAUUAAUCUUGACGUUCACCAUAAAAUGUCAGCACGCUUUCUGCCCCGAUGUUACAUGGGCAGAAGUGCUGCUGGGUGAAUGCACGUGGUCUUUAUAUUGUGAUUUUGUCAUUGUUGGCAGUAUUGGGGAAAAAAAAGUUAUCUUAGUCUUUUGAUAAAGAUUAUAUGCAUACUGAACAGGAAUCAAUAUGAGGUAUCUGCAGCCAAAGUUAUCUAGGAGGUCACCUUUGAAUUUGUGAGUAAUGGUAUGAAGUCCACAAAAUUGCUUCGUUCAGGUGUUUUGUUUCAUAUAUUCUCACCUUUUUCCACCCCAAUGCAUCUAUCUUCUAGAUGGUGAGACAGCAUUAGGUAUGUACCAGCGGUUGUCUUUGAAUUCUUCAGACUGGUUGUAAAGAUCCGCAUGCUGCAUGUAAGCUGAAGUACUGCUGUUGAAUUCUGCUGUGGUUGUGUGUUGGCAUUUCCAACUGCACUCUUUGUUCCAGACUGAAAUUCCAUUUAUUGUCAUUAGAAAUAGUAGUGUAAUGUAAUGAAAAUGAACCUUCAGAAUCAGUUGGGAGCCAACUUUAUCUUCUUAUCCAUAACAGCAUUUACACACAUGCGUAGCUAUUAAUUUUAACAGAACUUGAAGUGCAGUUUCAUUCAUUGCUAGUCUACAUUCUUAGCUGUUACUCCAGCAAAACAGCUUGACUAAAAGAAAACAGAAGUAGUUCCCUAAACAUUUGUGUGCUCCUGAAUUGCAAUUUAAUCCCCAGAUCUUUUAUGAUAUGUGUAAAUUAUCAGUACUCAGGACGCUUUUCUCUGAAGAUCACAUAAAUAAAUAAAUAUGCCACUAUAUUCUUGAAAGUAUGUGGAAAUUAAUAAAUAGGAAUGAAGGAAUAUUUUGGUUGGGUCAAUUAGGAGAAGGCACUAUAAAAUCUGGUCUACUUAAAGGAUGAUUAACAUUUAAACUUCUAAAAUGAAUAUAUUUAACUAUACACUAGAAGUAUCAGUUCAUGCAUAUCUGCCAAAGUUUUACCUUGACACCCUGUAUGUGAGGUUAAGCAGCUGACCAAAGAUUCUUCAAACAUCAUCAUCAUUCUUUAUAGAGAGGCACUUGUCAGUUGUUAAGUAAUUUUGAGGACUAGGAAAAAUUGAAGCUCUGCUAUAUUUUCAGUUCCACUUUUUCAGUUUUUAGAUGAAUUUCUGGUAAUUCACUUUCAGGAAACAGGUAAUAGAUUAAAAUUUGGAAGCAGACACAACACUUGAAUUAAUUACCUUAAUCUACUCAGCUAUUCAUGCAGGAGUAGCAAUAACAGGAAGAAAGAGAGAGAAUUCUUGUUGUAAAAUACUUAAAAUAGAGCAGCUGUGACUGGCUUUAUGCAUACGUAAUUUUCAAGCAAUUUUAAAGUAUCUCCUUAAGCCACAGAUUUCCUGGUUUUAUUGUGAGAAGAGGAAGAGUAUCCUCCACCUUUGCUGUAGUCAGGACUUUGGUUUUUUUACUAGGUGCAGCUGAAUGAUGGGGAUUUAAUGAAUAUACCGGCACAAUGUGGAUGGGACUGGAGUGGCCAUUGCCAAGCUGCUGCCUGUUUCUCCUAACAAGCACCUGAUUUAGUAUCUUGUGCUCCAGUAAAUGUCAUGGGCUGUUAGGACAAAAUAAAGCCUCCUGUUCUGUUAUCAGUGAAAAGUUCCGUCCUUGACUCCAGACAAAUGGAAAGGUUCAUGUGUUGAGUCAGCUUCUGCAGAGUCCUGGUAUUUUUGGGUUGUUUUCAUUCAAUUUUUUUUUUUUUUCUCCUGUUUUCUUAGAAGGUUCCUCUUCUUCUGUACCCAAAAGCUGUCCAGGGCUUUGACCUCAGCUGGUAUUUGACAGUGUAAAUUUAGGCUUCAUAAGUUUAGGACCCUGUCAUAGAUUUUUCCACUAACCCCACCACUGAGCUAAUUAUGAGUGGCAGUAGCUGAGUUUUGCUUAAUAAAGAGAUCACAAAUAGCAGAAGAAAUUCCUCUGGGGCACAGGAGUUAUGUCCCAUAUUUUUACAAGACUUAGGAUGAAAUACUGUUAUAAUGGUUCUGUGCAACAGGAUUGUGCAAUUCAUUGUACAUUUUGUUUUUGUCUCUUGCUUCUGCUGGCAUUAAAAUUUCUUAUCUAUUUCUGAUAACACUGGGUCAAAACCAGAGAACUUAAAAGGGGAAAAUAACCCAGUGGCUUUUGCUUGAAAAAAUGGCCUUGUUGGAAAGAGAACAGCGGUCCAGUGCUUUCAUGGGGUCAUGACAGUCUUUUUUUCUGUUUCAUUAAAAAGGUUUCUUUCUUCUGCAGACUAUGAUGCUGUGUAUUAAUGACUUCUGGAAAGCGGCCCUUCUGCCACCCUCACUCUGCUGGAGGCACAAAAGCUCUUUAUGCAUGAGUAUAUAAAGUAUAUAGGGGGGAAAAAAGUAGGGAGAGAGGGGGAGUUCAGUUCUCUCGAGCUGUCCCUCAAGCUAAGUAUUACGUUUAUUUCCUCUCAUGGUGGUUUCUUUACAUACUGGUAGGAGAAUGAAGGAGGAGUAAAGUCAAAUUUCAAGGAAAGAAAACAUGUAGUUAUCAAUUGUGAUUUUUGUUUUUUGGUUUUUAGAGGUAAAAUUCUCAAAAACUCAAUAUUUAAAAAGUAAUGCUGUCUUCAGGCAUCAUGUAUCAUUAACAAAAAUCUCCAUCUAUAAACAUGGGUAGCAGCACUCUUUGCUUGGUUUCUCUAUUCAGGCAUUUUUGUUUUCUGAGAAUCCUUUACCAAUGUGGUAGAACUACUGUCUCUCCACUUCCCCAUUUAAAUCACAGUACAGCUUAACAGAAGGGCUAACUGCAGCUUACACAAAAUUCAUUUAAGAUUGGUGUAGUUUCAGGUAUUAAAAUGGAAGGACUAAAGUUUGAAGAGAAGUGUAAACUUCUUGAAGGAUUGUCCUUUCACCAAGAGGUACUGAAACCAUAAUGCUGAUGGAUUAAGGGAAAACAAUUUCAUCAUUUAACAUUUUGAGGUGAAGUUUCUCUCAUAUUAAACUGACAGAGUUGAGGGAGUUGCUAGAGACAGUAGUGACCUGUACGUAACAAGGUCUUAUUUUCUAUUCUCAAAACCUCCACAAAAUUAUGAGUAUUGUCAUAUCAAGUGUUCAUCACUCUACAAGAAAGGAAGUUCUAUUCCAGUGGUGUCAGGUGUUAAAGAAAUAUUAUCAAAGGCUAAAAAUGCUACAUAAACAGUGCAACGUGAAUGUAAUCACUUCCUGAAUGUCUUUGAUGGAUUAUUUGUUUAACCAUUCAAUAAUGCUGGGGAAAAUCAUAGGUCUUAUUUAUGAAUGCACUUUAGCUGGCUCAUUCAUUUUGAACAAGCAUAUUUUACUGUUAGAAAAACCUGCAGAUCUGUGCUGCUUCAAGUACUUUCCUAUAAUUUAGAUUAACACUUGUGCGUUUUAGAGAAGUGUCAUUAGAUAUUGCAGAGGUAACUCAGAAAACACACCAGAAUGCAUUCAU